GAGUGGUACCGGGCCUUACGCGCAGGCGCAAUGCCGCCCUCAGCCACGCCUGCGCAGUCGGGCAGAAGAACAAGACAAGGGGCCCUUGGAAGGUGCAUGCGUAGUUGGGCUUGGUGGCUGCUUCGCUGCUGGGGUGCGACUGAGGGCUGGAAGUAGCAGCAAAGGUUCACCCAGAGCGGCAGAAUGGCAGACAAGAAGCGCCUCGCCUUCUCCAUCAUCCAGUUCCUCCAGGAUCAGUUGCAGAAUGGGGGCCUCUCCCCUGAUGCUCAAGAGAGCUUGGAAGUUGCCAUCCAGUGCCUAGAGACAGCCUUCGGUGUGUCCGUAGAAGAUAGAAGUUUGGCCAUUUCUCAGACCCUUCCUGAAAUCUUUGAUGCUGCAGCAGCAAAGGAGCCUCAGCCAAGCAGAACAAAUUCUGAGCCGGUCAUUCCCUCGGAAGAAGACGCAGCUGAAGCAGAGAGGCUGAAAACAGAAGGAAACGAGCAGAUGAAGGCAGAGAACUUCGAAAGCGCCAUCUCCUACUAUGGGAAAGCCAUCGAACUGAACCCAUCCAACGCUGUGUACUACUGCAACAGGGCUGCUGCUUACAGCAAACUCGGGAAUUACGCCGGAGCAGUUCGAGACUGCGAAAGGGCGAUAAACAUCGAUCCCAAAUACAGCAAAGCCUACGGCAGAAUGGGCUUAGCGCUGUCCAGUCUAAACAAACUCUCAGAUGCCGUCAUCUACUACAGAAAAGCCUUGGAACUGGACCCCGACAACGAAACAUACAAGUCGAAUCUGAAAGUAACCGAGCAGAAAAUGAAAGAGGCUCCGAGUCCGACGGGUGGCACCGGAGGCUUUGAUCUAGCCGGCUUGCUCAACAACCCGGGCUUCAUGAGCAUGGCAUCGAACUUGAUGAACAAUCCACAAGUACAGCAGCUGAUGUCCGGGAUGAUUUCGGGUGGUAACAAUCCCAUGUCAACGCCGGGAGCCACUCCUUCCCCCAAUGACCUUGCCAGCCUUAUUCAAGCAGGCCAACAGUUUGCCCAGCAAAUGCAGCAGCAGAAUCCUGAACUCAUAGAGCAGCUGCGCAGCCAGAUUCGGAGUCGAACUCCCAGUGCCAGCAACGAGGAGCAGCAGGAAUGAGAGAGGCAGCAGGGGUGGUCUUUGUUGGAAACGCAUCCUCCGCUGCAAGGGAAAACGAGGAAAAGGAAAAAAAAAAAAGCAACUGGAAAGCCAUUUCUGCAGCUGGACGCUACCCAAGAGGGAAAAGGGGCGGGUGGGGAAACCAAACGUGAUACUACCUGCAUGUUAGAGACAGUCUCUCGUAGCCUCCCCUUCCUCUCUCCCACCCUCCACGCUCUGCUCCCACGUGAGUUUCUCCGGAAGAGCCAGCACGCUGCCGACUGCAGACCUGCAUCGAUCCUUCUCUGGGACCUUUGAAACUCAGCCACCACUUUGGCACCGUUAAAUUCCCUCUUUUUGCCCCAAGAAGCACCGUUGGAAGAGCACUGCACUUGGAUAGAGAGCCCUUAGCCAGUCGCAAAGGUGCGGGCGAUGGAUUUUUAUGUUUUUCCUCGUUGCGAGCCCUUCCGUAACAAAUAAGAGGGACUUGGGGGGGUGCAGUAUGCGCGUCUUUGUUGUUAUUAUUUUUUAAGAAACGGCUUGUCACCUUUUGCUGACUCUUCUUGGCGUCUGUGAGCCCAGGAUGCAUUUGGGACUCUCACACCGUUCAUUUGUUCUUCCUCUGUUCAAGUCACGGCCACCAACGUGCAACACGGAACAGCCGAUCGGAGAACCUUGUGAAAGGAUUUUGUGAUCAUGCGUGACGGGAAAGGGGGCAGCCAGUACUGGGGGUGGGGUGAUAAAUAGUAAAGACCGUUUUUCUGUGACUUUGAACAUCAGAGCAUUCUUUCCUGGGGUUUUUUGGGGGGGCGGGGUGGGGGUAAGGGGAAAGGACUCUUGGUUGUGUUACUAGGGAUUGUGUGAGUAGAGUUUCUCUACGAGCUAGUUGGAAGAAGAAGGUAGGGAGGGAGAGUUGACCGCUCCCGUUUUGAAUUUUUAAAAAGAACUAAUUCAUGGUGGCUUUUUAGUUAUCUGUGCAUGCUUGUGAUGGGAGGGGUGGUUAGAUACAAAUGUCUGCAGAAGGAGAGGAAGAGUCGCUUGGAUCUUCGGCAAACUAGUUGCAUUACAAGUGCCACCUGAGACAAAAGACGGUGGAAUGAUUUGGAACCUGGUAGGGUCCUUUGGGUCAUUCUUGUGGCCAAAAAGAUAGUUCCUGUGAAGUUGGGGGGUUACAGCAUUCAGCUUUUCCCUCUCCCUUUAACUCUCCUUCCUGAGAGGGCUGAUGAACCCCAUUUUCCAGCUUCUUGGAGAAUCAGAUGAACACAGGCCUGUGGUUCUGUCACUCCUGCUUCAUCCAUCAUUUUCCGAGUGCCAGAUCUGCGCUUGCUGCCUUUGUUUAGCAAGAGAACGCCUGUUCCUAAAGAUCACUCAUUGGCUUGGCUCUAAGAAGGUCUCUGUUAGGUCUUGGGGGGGGGGGGCUUAUCUCCCGCCAACUCCUAGGAUCUUCCCCUCCUUCCUGGGACACCGUUGUCAGCUCUGGGCAGAACCGUAUUCCUGCCAGCACAGUGCUUUCAUUUGGCACAGCGCGUGGAUCAAUGCCAAUGUGUCUGCAAGCUCUCUAACCUAACCGCCUUUGGGAAAGGCUGUGUCUACUGUGCAGCUCUUAAAAGGGAUCAAGAUCUUACUCCCCUCCCCCCUCCGGGGAGCUGUUGGCUUAGCACAACCACCUUUCCAAAGGGAUAGUCUAGCCCCACUCACAGCACCUUUGCAAUGAAAAUCCCCUGUGGCACUUUGGCCUGUGUGAGUGGCAGUUACAGACUGAGGGGCAGAGUAGGAGUCACUCUGUACAGAACCAAGGAAGGGCAUCCAAUACAGGUGGGGGGGGGGCUAGGAACCGGUAGUGUGAGGUAUGUGUUUUAGGUAUGACAUGGCUGCUUUGUUUAAGAACUGGUGUGUGUGGAGGAAAUACCCAAAGUGAGGGCAAGGAGAUGGGGUUUUGGGUUCCUCCUAAGCGCAAGACUUAUGAACAAAAGGAGGCAUCCCUGUCCUCAAAGAUUUGUCAACUGCGGUUUUUUUCCUCUUGUUUUUUAAAAUGUGGACAAUAAAGUUCUUUUAAUGGUU